UUGUUCAUCUGUUAUUGCAGCUUAUCUUGAGAAAGUUUAAAGGUCAGAUAGAUGUCAGCACUGUCAUAUAGUGAGGGCAAAAUGAAUAUCACCUUCCACGGAAGAAAGGCUCUGGUUACAGGCGCCAGUCAAGGUAUUGGCAGAGACAUUGCCUUGAAGUUGUCCCAGUACGGAGCAAAAGUCACAGCAAUAGCCAGGAAUCAACAGCUCCUUGAUGUGUUACAUUCGGAAGACCCAAAGAUCACUGUGUUUGCAGUCGAUCUAAGCAAUUGGGAUGCAACUAAAAACGUUUUGAGUCAGAUAGGCUCUGUGGAUCUGCUGGUAAACAAUGCUGGUUUGGCUAUACUUGCACCACUGUUGGAUGUCACCGAACAACAAAUUGAUUCUUUAUUUGGAGUUAAUGUAAAGGCUUUGAUGAACGUAACCCAGCACGUUGCCAAAGAUCUGAUCUCCAGGGGAGCUGCUGGCAGCAUCGUAAAUGUAUCCUCGCAGGCAUCGAUGGCAGGACUUCAAGAUCACACGGUGUACUGCGCGACGAAGGGCGCCGUGGACGCCUUCACCAGGGCGGCAGCUCUGGAAUUGGGCAAGUUCGGGAUCCGGGUGAACUGCGUUAAUCCAACGGUGAUUAUGACCGAGAUGGGAAAGCUGGGAUGGUCCGAUCCGGCUAAGGCGAAACCCAUGUUGGAGAAGAUCCCGUUGGGACGUUUCGGAGAAGUUGAGGAGGUGACUGAUGCCGUCCUCUACUUGCUCAGCGAUCGCUCCACUAUGAUCACUGGGAGUACGCUCGCCGUGGAUGGGGGUUACCUGGCCGUUUAAGAACUUCCCACGUCGUAGCCGAGGUUCUGCAGGUUCUGAUUGAUGAUGUUCAACGAUAACUUGGCGUCGCCGCUGGAGACCAUGCGGAUCACUGAAAGAAAAUUAUGAAAUUAUACGAUUUGCGAGGUGGUGAA